AUGCAGACAAUGGAAGGAAGACAAUAUUACCAAAACGCGGAAGGAAACAAUAAUAGCUCCUCCAUGGUGGUACCUCGCUCGCCGUGGCAUUCACCGGUUCCUUAUCUCUUCGGUGGUUUGGCCGCCAUGUUGGCUCUAAUCGCCUUCGCUCUUCUCAUCCUCGCCUGUUCCUACUGGAGACUCUCCGGCUCCGGUCAGAGAGAUCCAGAGGCCGGAGAUGAUGCCAAACUCGACGGUGAAACUCACAAGGCUAAGCGAACGGACAUGCCGGAGAAGUUUCUCGUCAUUAUGGCCGGCGAUGCUAAACCCACUUACUUGGCUACGCCGGCGAUGAAUCGGUCUGACCAAAACUGUACUUGCGGAGAUGGCAAAACGGAAAAGAAGAAAGAGGAGGUUAGUGAUCAGGUGGUGCGGCAGAGCACCGGAACUUGA